CAUUUCAUAUUGUACAUGAAAGGCAGAUCAGGCAACAAUUCUUGUUUCAACCUACUUGAAAAUAAAGAUAAGGUAAAAUUCUAUUGCUAUCACCAUCCAUCAUCUACUACCCAGGUUCGGGGCAACUUAUUGUCGUUUCCAAACACACAUACUUUGUAUAAAACAUCUAUAUCUCCCCCGGCCCCUCCUCUAUUCCAGUUCAAAAGUUCCGCAAAUCCAACCUGUCCCUUUAAAAUCUAUGAAAGGAAACCUAAAAAUAACGGUCACCUGCUCAUUUUCCCGCCCCCAAAGAAGACUCCAUAUCCUUAAAAAAUGAAUAAGCUCUUUCAAUUUCGCCAUGAAUAUCUUUCUUUUUCCAUUAAAAGCUGUUAUAAAAACCCUAAGUUUCUUCUACCCAUUUCACAUUUGCACAGCUUCUCCAAAACCCAGGAUCUAGACUUCAUUUUCGAGGAGGUAGAAGUCCUCGAUUCUUCAAAACCCACAAACCAAAAAAACCAACUUCCAUCAAAAACUAACGAACCGUCCGAUGACAGCCACCCCAGUGAACGAAUGGAAUCGACGGUUCAGAUUUCCCAUCCCUGGCCUGAAUGGGUGGAUUUGAUGGAAUUGCUGUUAAAGAGAGGGUACUUUGAAGCUGGUGGAAACCCAGUUGGAAACAAGGAACUGGGUUCCAAGGACGCGAGUUGUAUUAGAACCGCGUGCCUUAAUUUUGCACGGGAUCGGUUUGGACUUAUAAGGUACUUCUCGAGGAAAGAUAUUGGGGUUAUUGCAGGAUGCGGCUGCCCUAGCAUAGAUAGAAAAGUUGUGAACUCUGGGAAACGUUUAAGAGCACAUGUGGGCAUCAACGAAGGACAUGUUUGCAGCUCCUGCAACUUAAGGGGAGACUGUGAAAGGGCAUAUGUCAAAGCACGAGAAGAUGAAGGUGGGCGAACUGUGGAUGUCAUGCGUAUUCUACUGACAUAUGGGCUCGAUUAUGUUUCCGGUACAGUGGAGAAUAAGCCAUGUCAAAAGAACAAAAUGGUUAAAGAAUCAGUGAGAAGGCUGCUGAAGGAGUUGGUGGGCCUUAGCAAUGACGAACUUGUCUCUGACCUCCCUAAUGGCAAACCCUUGAAAAGGGGUCUCCCUUUACCAAAUAAUUCGACUACACAAGAUAAAGGCCCAAUAAAUGUUCCAAUGAAGCCUGGCGAUUGGCUUUGCCCUGAAUGCAACUUCCUCAAUUUUGCCAGAAAUGUUAGAUGUCUGCGGUGUGAUGGAUUGCACCAUGAAAGGCUAAAGCAUCUAUGCGAGGAUCAGGAUCAUCUUCCAUUAAAGAAAGGAGACUGGAUUUGUGCAAUAUGUAAUUUCUUGAACUUUGCCAAGAAUACAAGAUGUCUGCAAUGCAAAGAGAAGCCUCCAAAGCGGCACCUUAAUCCUGGGGAGUGGGAAUGUGAAUCGUGCAACUACAUCAAUUUCAGAAGAAACAUGGUAUGCUUGAAAUGUGAUCAUAGAAGGCCAAAGGCAUCAAAUUGUUUAAAGUCAUCUACUGAGCUUGAACAUGGCAAGGGAGGUAAUCCUGAGCAGAGUAGAUUGAAGUUUCUUCACAGUGGAAAUGAAGCCGCUGAUCAUAAUUUUGUAGGAGUGCAUGGAACACAUCACAACAGAGGUGCAGACGUGUGGAGAUUUGUGGAAGAAGAAAGAGAAGAUAAUCAUUCAAUUUCAUCGAAUGAGGGUGUGAGAUUUGUAGAUUUCCCUAUUGCGGGAGGAAAGAGCAGUUUGUCUCAAAAUGCCCAAAAAAGAGAGAGAUGGAAGCUAGAAAUGUUGGAGAGGAGCAAAGGUGGUGUGCAUGUGGAAGAAGAUGAAAAGGAAUUUGAAUAUGCCAACACUCAAAGAAGAUUCAAGUACCUUGAAUCUACUGAUGAUGAAGAUAUGGCUGAAUGGUUUGGACAUGGAGGGAAAAAGGAAACAUGAUGUUCUGGAACUGAAUCUGAGAAAAUUCUUGAUUGAGAAAUGCGUUGUUGAUCAACACGCACAUGAUGUGGAUGUGACAGAUAACAGAGAGGUCAAUGGUAAAAUUCUUGUUGUGGUUUUGCAAACUUGAUGAAUCCCUGUUGUAGAUGAGAUGGAAGUUGUCAAAGUGCAUAAAAGAGGUCACUGAGAAAAUUGUAAGAGGACAUGUUUGUUACCGAAUUAAUAUGCUGAAAAUUAUUUUGUUUCUUCCAACCUCUAAUAUUUGUAAUAUAAGAAUGACAGCUAAGUUCAAAAAUAUUAUUACACUGGAGCAUUUGUUCGUUCA